UUCCAUUGCUUUUUGUCACAAGAAAACCAAUAUAGAAUAACGUUCAUUAUGCCUUUAACAUAGCUGGAAUCUAGUCAGGCUGUCGCGUAAUUUAUUACUUGUUUUUUGUACGAGCGUUAAGAAAGUAUGAUAAAAAUUUCGGAAUAAUUAUUUAAUUCAGUAAAAUGAGUGAACACUAUUUAUCUUAAAAGACGAUGCACAUUUGCUAAAACAUGAAAUCGAAGCAAAUGGAAUAAAUGUGAAAUAAGUUUUGUGUGCAACAUACAAAAGGUGCGAGAUACUGUAGUGAAUUUAGACGUUCGCAUGUAAAAGGAUACUACGUAUACAAAAACAUAUUGGUUUGAUAUCUGGAUUAUAAUUACAGAAAAUGAUUUAAUGCUGUCCUUCAGGCUUGCUGUUGUAAACUAAAAACUUUUCUUGAAUAAUUAAGUCGUUCUUACAUGAAUUUUAGUUUAGAGUAUGUGAUAAUGGCGAAUGAAUAUUCAAACCAUUCCAUUUCGUAUGUCGAAAGAAAGUUUCCGUUUGACUCAGUGGACGGUAAUUACAUGUACGACUAUAUAGAUGAAGUUUAUGACCGAACGAGUGAGGAUGAGAAUAGGUUUUACUAUUACGGCGACUUAUCACAACUUCGUAAACCAUGGCUCACGGAAACUGACUAUAUCCCGACGGUUAUUAUAUAUGGACUAGCCUUUCUGUUAGGAAUUGUCGGUAAUAGUUUAGUUAUAUUCGCCAUCGUUAGUGAUAUAAAACAACGAACGAACACCACGAUGUUUCUCUUGAGUUUAGCAACAUCUGACAUCAUAUUUCUGCUGGUUUGUGUUCCAUACGAAAUCAGCAGACAUUUCAUAGACCACUGGAAGCUUGGUGCCUUCUUAUGCAAGUUUUCGGGAUUCAUUGAAAUGCUGACGGCCGUUCUUACAGUUCUGAACUUAACCAUUGUCAGCAUUGAAAGAUAUAUUGCUAUUGUUCAUCCGAUGAGAUCUCGGUAUAUCUGCACUCUUGGAAAUUUACGUCGCAUCAUUCCGCUUGUUUGGGCAACAGCCGCUGCUUUAUCCUCGCCAGCAUUCUUCAUUAUGUCAACAGAAAUGUCGGUGUUUUUCAACAACCAGUCGUCAGUAAAUAUGAUAUUUUGCUCAGACCAUGGCGUUGCCGAUGCGUUCAGAUUGUCUUUCGCCGGUUACCAGUUUGUGAUAAUGUUCUUGGCUCCUACGGUGAUAAUGAUGAUUUGUUAUUCUAGAGUGGUGCAUGUUUUGUGGAUUAGCACAAAGCAGUUAGCUAAACUAACGCCGUCAGAUAGGGUUUGUGACGCUUUAUUUCUUACGAGAAUAGAGACUUGUAGUCUAGGAAUGAAGUCACCAGCAGCGCCAAGACUUUUGAAACGGGCUAUUACAAGCCAUAAAUCGAAAGUAUUAGCUAGUCGUAAACAGGUCAUCAAGCUUUUGCUCAUGAUAAUUGUUGCGUUCCUGUUGAGUUGGGGACCAAAAUUGACAAUGAGAAUAUUACAGAAACUCCAGUUGCCAUUUCUUUUCUCAGAAUCGGCUUAUGCCAUCAAGGUUUUUGUCGACUGGCUACCUUACAUUCAGUCGUGUAUCAACCCACUGUUCUACUGCUUCAUGUCUCGGAAUUUUCGCCGCAGCAUCAGGGUUCUGUUUCAACGAAGACAUCGACGAGAAUACCGGGAGAGUAUCGAACAUAAUGAAUUUCAUACAUUGUCGUCGUCUUCAAGUGGCCGGCAUCUUCACCCAACAUAUUUACAUUUAGUGUUCCGUGAUGAAGUCUGAAUGUACCUUAACACUUAGACUGUAAGCUACAUGUAAUGAAACAGAAUUGCACACACAAUCACUAGUUGAUGAAUUAGAAAGACGCAUUGUCAGUUUAUGCGUCAGUUCUUUCAUGUAUGCAACCUCAAAGUGGUUAAAAUAACAGAUUUUGAAGACUGAAUACUACUUAAGCUGGUGCUAGGGGUCAUGGGGAGUGUUGCAUUUUCCAUUACUGCUAUUGAACAGAUUCAAUCAAACACAGUCUGCAAUUUUCACUGUUUGCCUUGUUCCCGGUGCUUCCGAGGGAUCUACUUUUCAGAUUGUAUUUCUUUCAACGGAAUAUCUUCCUACUGAAGGUUCAAAAGACAGAACUGUAGUGAGAAAAUAUUGUGACACGCUACCUGAUAUGAAUUUUACACAAGAUAUCAACGUCUAUAACUCUCAGUAAUUGUUCACAUUAAUAUAUACUUUCUACACAAUGAUGCAUUAAAACAAUAAAGACGUUUUCAUAAAUGAAUACUGACAAAAUCACAGAACCACCUUUGCUCUUUACAUACUAAUAAAUGAAAUGAAUCUUUAGUCAAAGCCGAGCGUUUUUAUGUGGGUAUGCUCCUAUGGUAAUACUCCUAAAAAUAUUCGAUGAAUAGGCGGGUUGAGGCAGUCUAUGAAAAAGCAUAUGCUAAGUGGUAUACCAAAAUAAAAACGAGGAUCUUUUCUUUUCAGAUCAAUUUGGUGACAUCGGCUUUUCAGAGCGUGAAUAUCAACAGUGUCGCCAAAGUGUCCGCAGAAAAUAUAUUUAACCUAAUAUAUUUAUUGAAAGUGUAAA